AUGUUUGGCGACUUCUCUGGGAUUUGCGCCAGAACGUCGCUGCCGUUGUGUACUCUUGUGAGCCCAUUACAUGACUUCAACACAAGCUUUCCUGGCAUUCUGCCCGACUGCUACGCUCGCACGGUGGAUGUUUCCAACACUCUGAUUUUUCAGAUCGGUACAGCUUUUAUCCACAUUUCUUCGUUGAUAGUCACCCUCAUGAUCAUAUACAAUGUGCGAUUAAGGUACACAUCCGUGGGCAGAAAAGAAAUGCUUGUUUUCUACUGGAGUUUCAUACUCUUCACAAUCUCUUCAAUAAUCGUCGAUACAGGGGUAGCACCCGCAGGGUCCACAACUUAUGGAUACUUUGUGAGUUUCCAAGUGGCUAUGACUGGCGUUUGUUGUUGGACGCUGUUUUUCGCGGGACUCUCAAGUCUGAACUUUUGGGACGAUGGUUCUGUCCACACGAUGGCAGCAUUAUUUGUGACUUCCUUUGCGGUGUUCACGCUUAAUUAUGUGGUUUCGCUUUUGACGUUUGAAAACUGGACCAAUCUAAUAAACAGAGCAGAAACAACAUCACUGUUCGUCUUGUACUUUAUCGUCAACGGGACACUUUUAUUCAUGUACCUGGUAUGCCAACUCUUCAUCUGUUUUGUUACGCUGGUGCUAAAUUGGUGGGCAAUCGGGGCACUAUGCUUUUCGGUUUUCUUCUUCGUCGCUGCCGAAUGUUUGCUGUAUAUUUUCAAUUACAGCAUAUGCACAUCAUUGAAUCACUAUGUCGACGGACUAAUUUUCAGCACGUUGAGCAAUCUGUUCGCAAUCAUGUUGGUGUACAAAUAUUGGGACAUUAUAACGUUUGACGACGACGAGUAUAUCAGAUAUACUGAGAUCGUCCAAGGAGUUGGGUAUAAGGAAGAAACUCAGGCCUUGUUGAGCUAG